AUGCGUGCCCAGACGGUCACUGCCCCAUCCGACUUUAGUCUCUUGACCCUCUGUAUGGCCCUCGUAUGCAAGGUGCCUGUAGACAGAGAGAUUCCGCUCCCGACCCAAUCGCUGUAUGCUCUACUCAAGAGCUUUGUAGCUCUUCUGGAGGCGAUGGGGACGAUCUCGUUGGAAAUGCUGCAGUGUCGACUCCUCCUGACGAUCUUCGAGAUCGGUCAUGCCAUGUACCCCUCCGCAUACAUCUCCACUGCAGCUAAUAUACGCGCCGCAGUCACCCUGGGGAUCGGAGCUACCUGCGAGGACCUACGCAAGGUAUUCCCGGAUCCACAGAAAGCCGAGGAGGCACGGCAGACCUGGCGCGGUAUCGUCAUCACUGACAGAUAUGCUUCGCUUGAAAGCGGCCAAGCGCCUAAUACUCCCCAUGGACGAUGCAUAGACACGGUUGGGGGUAACAGGGACUCUGAAGAUUGGGCGCAGGUGGAGAUGGAUUCAUUCACCAAGUUGGCCCACGCAUCCCGGCUCUUGGAUCAGGUGCUGGUCCACGUUCAUGCGACACUAUCGCAUCCCCUCUUCAAUGAAGCCGAGGCGGUCCAGAUCCUCAAAUCCCUGACCUCGUUCCUGAUGACCUUUCAAAGUGGUGACGAGAACCUGCAUCCUCUGUCAGAUAGCGCACUGGCACUAUGCAGAAGUGCUAUGCUGGAAAUCCUCGAGGUUGGAUCUCACAUGGAUAUCCACGACAAUGAGUGCUGUAUCUAUACCUCACUCAAUAUUCUCAAGUCCCUCGUCCACGAGAUUGCGCGCGGGAACAUUACCACCCCGAUCGAGAGGGCGACUUUGUCCGUGUUUCUCCCUCAUUGUCUAUACAAGGCCGCAAUAUUGAGUCUUAGCGAUGCCAGAGUGUCUGGGGCUGUUGACCCGGAGCCGUCGAUCCGGCCCCUAAAAUCCCUACUGGGGUAUCUGGCUAUGAGAUGGGUGGCUGCAAAACACUACUUGGCAAAAAUCGAGACAGCGCAGGAGACGUGUAACCUGUAA